AUGAAGAACUCGGUCCAAGUUCUUUUGUCUUUCAUCUUAAUAUUCUGUAUGAGUCUCUUCAUUGGCAAAUUUGGUGUAUCAGCUCAAAAUACAACCAUCCCCUUCAAUGUUGGGGUGGUUCUGGAUUACAAUAAUCUGGUUGGGAGAAUUGGGUUGACCUGCAUCUCCAUGGCAUUGUCUGAUUUCUAUGCAAUUCACAGUUUCUACAGAACAAGACUGGUUCUCCACACCAGGGAUUCCAACAGCAAUGUGGUCCAUGCUGCUUCUAUGGCUCUUGACCUACUAAAUAACAUAGAAGUACAAGCAAUUAUUGGACCAAUAACAUCUUCUGAGGCCGACUUUGUGAUUGAUCUUGGAGACGAAGCACAUGUACCCAUUCUCUCUUUCUCUGCAUCAAAUCCUUUUCUUUCUUCAUCUCAAAAUCCUUAUUUUGUCCGGGCUUCCCUUAGUGACUCCUCUGAAGUAAAAGCAAUUGCUUCCACUGUCCAAGCCUUCAGAUGGAAGGAAGCUGUACUAAUAUAUGAAAACACUGAUUAUGGUAGUGGAAUUGUUCCUUAUUUAAUUGAUGCAUUUACAGCAAUUGAGACCCGUGUCCCCUAUCGAAGUGUCCUUUCCCCUUCAGCCACCGAUGAUCAAAUUGUUUCAGAGCUUUACAAGAUGAUGACAAUGCAAACUAGAGUAUUUGUUGUGCACAUGUCAUACCCUCUUGGUGCUCGUUUAUUUUUGAAAGCAAAAAAUGUCGGAAUGAUGAAUGAAGGAUAUGCCUGGAUUAUCACAGAUGGGCUAUCUAAUCAGUUGAAUUCCAUGGAUCCCUCUGUUCUUCAUUCUAUGCAAGGUGUAAUUGGCAUCGAGCCUUACCAGCCAAUGUCUGAUAAUCUUAAGAAUUUUAAGAUAAGAUGGAGACAAAAUUUCCACAAGGAAAACCCAGAUAUGAAAAGAGUUGCCCUUAACAUUUUUGGACUGUGGGCCUAUGAUACUGUUUGGGCACUAGCACUGGCAGCUGAGAAAUUUGGGGCAGCGAAUCUCCAAUUCCAGCACCCACAAGUUGUUAAUGGAACAUCUGACCUUUUAACCAUCGGAAUCUCUAAAAUAGGUCCUAAACUUCUCCAGACAAUAUUAGAGACAAAAUUUACAGGCCUGAGUGGAAAAUUUAGCCUUGUUGAUGGACAACUACAAUCAUCGGCAUAUCGAGUACUCAAUGUAAUAGGUCGUGAAGGAAGGGAGAUUGGAUUCUGGACACCAACAAAUGGAAUUUUACGUGAACUGAAUGCAUCUUCAAGUUCCAAUCUCAGUCCUAUAGUAUGGCCAGGAGAUUCUACUACUGUGCCUAAAGGAUGGGUAAUUCCUACAAAUGGGAAGAAACUGAAGAUUGGAGUUCCUGUUAAGAAAGGAUUUACUGAAUUUGUGAAGGUAGCAAUAGAUCCUACUACCAAUGCUACAAGUGUCACUGGGUACUGCAUUGAUGUCUUUAAUGCUGUAAUUGGGGAACUGCCAUAUGCCCUUCCUUAUGAGUUUAUUCCAUUCAUGAAGCCUGAUGGUACAAGUGCCGGGACCUACAAUGAUAUGAUCGACCAAGUAUAUCUCCAAAAAUAUGAUGCAGUCGUUGGUGAUACAACUAUCAUAGCCAAUCGGUCCUUGUAUAUCGAUUUUACAAUGCCAUACACACAGUCUGGGGUAACAAUGAUAGUGCCAGUCCAACAAGAUCAGAGGAAGAAUAUGUGGGUUUUCCUGAAGCCUUUGAAUUGGGAUCUAUGGUUCACUAUUCUCAUUUUCUUCAUCUUCACAGGCGCUGUGACCUGGGUCCUCGAACACAGAGUAAACAACGAUUUUAGGGGUACACCUAUAAAUCAACUUGGAAUGAUCUUCUGGUUCACCUUCUCAACCAUGGUUUUUGCACAUAAAGAGGUCUUCAGCAACUUGGCUAGGUUCAUUGUGAUCAUAUGGGUUUUUGUUGUGCUCAUCCUCACAUCAAGUUACACAGCAAGCCUAACUUCCAUGCUGACAGUUCAACAGCUUCAACCUACUGUCACAGAUGUAAAAGAGCUCAUAAGAAAUGGGGAGUAUGUGGGGUACAAAAAUGGUUCAUUUGUGUUUGAUAUGCUAAAGCAAAUGAGCUUUAAUGAGUCCAAGAUUAGAGCCUAUGGAAGUGUAGAAGAUUUAGACCAAGCUUUAUCUAAAGGGAGUGACAAUGGUGGUAUUGCUGCUGCUUUUGAUGAGAACCCUUACAUGAAACUCUUUCUUUCAAAAUAUUGUGGCAAAUACACCAUGGUUGGACCUACAUAUAAGACUGAUGGAUUCGGUUUUGUCUUUCCAAGAGGAUCCCCACUGGUAUCUGAUGUUUCAAGGGCAAUCUUAAAUGUAACAGAAGGAGAUAAAAUGGCACGGAUUGAGCAAGCAUGGUUUGGGCAAGACAAUUGUCCAGACAGGAGUACCAACUUAUCUUCUUAUAGUCUGACUCUAGAUAGUUUUGGAGGGUUGUUCAUCAUCACUGGAGCUGCUUCACUGCUAGCCCUCUUCAUAUUUGUUCUUAGAUUCUGUCGUAACAAUGGGGACAUUAUCAAACUUGAUGAUCCUAAUGGUUCUACACUGAAAAGAAUUGUUACAAUGGCAAAAAUAUAUGAUGAGACGGAUCCUUCCUCUCAUGAUUCUAGAGUAACUAAAAAUCGCAAACAAAAUACUGAAAUUCCAUCAGUCAUUGAAGCUUUAGCUAUAUCUAUUGCCCCAAGCUUACCAACAAUUCCCUCUGUUAUAGACAGGUAUUGUACUACUUAUGAAGAAGACCAAGGAAGGGUAUCAAACAGUUCCUCUGGUACACAUGGAAAUGUCACUCCCUUGGAAGGUCAGGGAAGCCAGUUCUGUACUUCUCCAAAUGCAAAUCGGGGUCGAGGUAAGGAAUUAAUAUGUACUGAGAGUAUUGAUCCAGAUGCAGAGAGGCCAACUGGCCUCAUAAUCAAUAACUAAUUUUGUAAUUGACAGACACUAAUGGCCCUUGGAAGGUCAGGGAAGCCAGUUCUGUACUUCUCCAAAUGCAAAUCAGGGUCGAGGUAAGGAAUUAAUAUGUACU